AUGCUUGAUAAUCCAUUUUAAUUUGAAAGAGAUCCUAAGAAGUUUACAAAUUCUUUAGAAUAUGAUAGAAAUGCUGUUGAAGAGGAAGAUGAUUAAAAACAAUAGACAAGAUUAACAUAAUUAUAUAUUGGUAAAUCUGCAAGUAGAUAUGGAUUAUUGAGAAAAUUAGAAGAGUAGAGUAAAUUUAUUUUAUUUAGCUUAAGCUGAAAAAUUGGCAGUAGAAAGAGAUCUUGUAUUUUCUUAAGAUUUAAAAUCUAAGAGUUUUAAUGUUAAACCAGAUCCAAUUUAAUGUCAUUUGAAACAAUUUAAUCCAAGAAUGCUUGAAAAAAAUUAUUAAGACUCUUUAUAAAAAGCUUAUAAAAUAAAAAGUAUUUUAAGUGAGAAAAAAGAAACACUUUAAGAUUUUGUUGAAAAGAAAAAAGAAAUUUGUUUAACAAAUCUAAAUAUAUUAACAAAAAAAGAAGAAACAAAUAGACUUGAAGAUUUUAUUAAAAAUGAAUAGGAGUCUUUAAGAGCAAGAAAGUUAUAUUUUAAAAAUGAUUGUGAAUUGGUAAAAAGAUUUAUGAGUGAAGUUAAAUCUUAAGCAGAUUAGGCUGCAAUUUUAGCUGAUAAAGAAGUUAGAAGAAAAGAAGAAGUUAAAGUUGAAGUAGCUAGAAUAUUAGCAUAAAUAGAUAGAUUAAAAUUAUAGAAAAGUAAACUUUAAGAUGAAUAUGAUAAAUUAGAUAAAUAUAGAUAAUUUUUAGAAAAAAUUAAAGUAUAAAAUAUUUUUUAUAUUGUUUAGUAACAUUAUAAAACUAAAUUUUCAGAAAUUGAGAAAGAUAUUAUUUUACCAUAAACAACAGCUAAUUCUAAAAAAGCAUUAUUUUUAACUGGAGUUAAUGUAUUAGAAUCUGAAACUAGAUCAAAAGAAUAAAUGGAAUAAUUAUAAUUUGAAUAUAAAUAAAAUAAAAUGGCUGAUAUUGUAAUAGAAAUUUUAGAUGCUAUUGAAGAAGGUAAUUUAAGAAAUAUGUAAAAUUAAAGAGAUGCAGAAGAAGAAAUUGAAUAAAAAAAAAGAGAAGCUAAACAUUUAAAAGAGAUAUUAAUAAUACAUUAAAAAGAAAAUGAAUAAAGAUUCAAAAUAUUAGAAAAACAAUAUAUAAUGCAUUAAUAAUAUUAAUAAGAAUUAAAAAAAUAAGAAAAAGUUGAUUAGAAUAAGUUAGAAUUUGCAGAAGGUGAAAAUCUUGAUAUGGAUAAAAUUGGAAAAAGAAUAAUAGAAAUAUAUUCAGAUAUUUCUAAGAAAGAAUAAGAUCCUUUAAUAAAAAAAUUAGGAAUUGAUUCAAAAAUGCUUAAAUUUACUUUGAAUGUAAUUAAAUUUAAAUAUAUUUAUUUAUUAGUAACUUGAAAAGAUUGUUUUAGAACUUUCAGAAUAUAAAUUAUAAUUUCUUAUGAAAUCAAAAUAAGAUUAUUUAGAUGCAGAAAAGAAAAUUAAUUAAAAAAAAAAGUAAAUUUUAUAUAAUUAUAUUUAUUAGAGAACAAAGAUAAACUAAUUAAAAAGAUGAAGAAAAGAAAAAAUAAAUAAUUGAAAGAAGAAGAAAAAAAGAAGAAUAAAUGGCUAAUUUUUAUAGAGGAAGAAAAGAUAUGAGAAGAAAUUAUCCAGCAGAAAAAGUUGUAGUAGAAGAAGUUGUUGAAGAUAAUGAUGAAAAUGAUGAUGAAAAAUACUUAUAAGAAAGUUAUGAACUAGUCUAUGUACCAUAAUAAAAAGUUGAUAAUAUUUCAUAAUCAUAAUAAUUAUAAUAAUAAUAAUGA